CGGAAACCGGUCCUCGCUUUCAACUCCUAGCUAUUUUCUCCGCUCCGAUUGUUCUGGUCUUUGAAUGAAAAAACGAAACACGGACGCGAAUUUGACAGACAGUUGAGCAGAGCUUGGAAUACCGUUGGUACCCCUGGCGCGUUGCUGCACCCAUGGAAAGCAUGGAAAAUCAACGAGCUACUCCAGAUGACAAAAAGUUUGGAGUUGUCAAAUUCGUUGGUGACAAUACCGUCGCCGUUAUUCAUUUAAACUGGGUGGAUGGGGCUGACUGCUUUUGGCCGACUGCAACACACAAGAAUCUUGGUGCUCUCACCUUGGAAGGUGCCCAGCCACAGCCAGAUUGGAAGAAAUCCCGUUUUGCUUCCUUAGGAUGGUAUGACACUUACCAGAAAGCCAGAAGCAAGUUGCCGACGGCCGAGUUGACAUCGGACCUUUGUAGCGACGUGGAGAUGGGUCGUGGGAGAAGGAAAAAAGCCAAGAGGAUUUUGUAUAGUGAAACUGAAUCUGAGGGUGAAGAGACCUACCAGCCACCCAAACCGCCAACUCCACCAUGCUUUAAACCAACAACGAAAAGCGUCCGCUGCAGACGUAAAGUGCCCCAGGUUCGAGAAAAGACUUACAAGCCCUCCGGCAAGCGAGCACAUGGCAGUCGGCGUAAAUCUCAUGAGAAAUUGUCGCCUCAGCACCAUUCACCAACAAGUUAUUUCUCUCAAGAGCAGACACACGGCAGUCACUGUGAAUCUCAUGGAGAGCUGUCAUCUCGGCACCGUUCACCAACCAGUCAUUUCUCUCAAGAGUGGACACAUGUCAGCCGCCAUGAAUCUCGUGGAGAGCUGUCACCUCAGCACCGUUCAGCACCCAGUUAUUCCUCUGAACAGUGGACACAUGGCAGUCGCCGUGAGCCUCGUGGAGAGCUGUCACCUCGACACCGUUCAGCAACCAACUAUUCCUCUCAAGAGUGGACACAUGGCUGUCGCCGCGAGCCUUGUGGAGAGCUGUCAACUCGGCGCCGUUCAGCAACCAGUGAUUCCUCUAAAGAGCGGACACAUGGAGGCCGUUCCAUGUUCCCUUUGACUCCGAGACAUGAGCAAGCAAGCCAAGAACACGGUGAUCACAUUUUGAAAGACGGACAGCCUUACACUCAUGGCCCGAGUACAUCAACAUCCAGCCAGCAAUUGAGUGGCUUUAUGAUGCAGGUACUGAAGUCGCUACACAUCAUGAGACAAACCCAACAACACCAAUCUGAGCAGCUGAUGAUGAUCACCGACAUGUUACACCAUGUGGAUGGGCCACCUGCUGUACCUCUAAGCUUUGCACAGUUCGAGACCCUACAGGAAUUCCUUGCCUUUGAGAAAGAGUUGACUGCAUGCGAACAAAAAAGGGUCCAACUGAAGCAGCAGAUGCAAGUAAUUGGGGGUGAUGAUGCGAAAGAUAAAACUGCCCGAAUUCUUCGCAAAAUGCUGUGCCACGAAGUGGGGGCAGCCUUCACAUGGUAUGGGACCAAGACAAAGGGAAAGUUCUCCAGUCUAGAGUUCUGCAAGGUGAUGUGUGCUUGCAUUACAGCGAGCAAGCCGAAGGAGGUGGCUGUUGGUACCCUGAAGGAAGUUGAAGCCACUACAAUGUCAUGGCUGCGCCAUGCCCAGGAGAGGCUUCAAAAGCAUUGCAAUAAGGAUGUGGAAGAACCCGGGGAGGGUCUGUGAAAGCAAGAUGGCCGGAAAGCUACGGAUAGUCUGUAAGAGCCGGGAAAUGGGGUGUGCAAA